AUGGCAGACUCGGCGGCCGCAAUACUGCCCGUUGGAGCCGGCUAUGGCGUCGUCGUCGGCAUCGGGUUCUUCUUCGCCUUCCUGAUGAUGGGCAUCUCGUGGAUACAGAAUCGUUACACUCCCUACUCGACGAAGCAAUCGGAAGAGUUCAACACGGCCUCACGAUCUGUCAAGCCGGGCCUUAUAGCAUCGGGUAUCGUCUCGGCAUGGACGUGGGCUGCUACACUACUGCAAUCGAGCACGGUGGCGUAUACAUACGGUGUGGCAGGUCCUUUCUGGUAUGCAGCAGGCGCCACGGUCCAGAUCCUAUUAUUCUCUAUUCUGGCCUGUAAAGUCAAACAGAACGCGCCGCGAUGCCAUACAUACCUCGAGAUCAUCAACGCGCGAUAUGGACGCGAAGCCCACUUGGUCUUCAUGGUGUUUGCCUUCAUUACGAAUAUCCUAGUCGGCAGUCAAUUGCUGCUGGGAGGAAGUGCCGUGGUCACGGCAUUAACGGGCAUGAAUGUUUAUGCUGCUAUCUUCCUUAUUCCCGUCGGGGUCUGCGCGUAUGUGAUUCUCGGUGGACUUCGCGCGACAUUUCUCUGCGACUAUUCUCACACACUCAUACUCAUGAUUAUCAUCCUGUACUUCAUGUUCGACGCGUACGCCACCAACUCCUUAAUUGGAUCGCCCUCCGCAAUGUAUGAUCUGCUCCGGAAAGCUGCAGUCCAAAGACCCAUCGACGGCAACCAGGAUGGCUCGUACGUCACGCUGAAGUCGAAUCUGGGUCUCAUCUUCGGCGUCAUCCAGCUCUGCUCUGGCUCAGGGACGGUGUUCCUCGACCAAGCCUACUGGCAGCGAGCCAUCGCCUCACAGCCUUCGACCGCCGUCAAAGCGUACAUCCUCGGCGGGAUUGCGUGGUUCGCAAUUCCAUUCGGUUUCUCGACGACGCUGGGCCUGGCUGCAGCGGCACUGACAGAUAACCCUCACUUCCCGACGUAUCCCAAUGUUCCAAGCGCACGUGAGAUUUCGUCCGGCCUCGCGGCGCCUUACGCGGCGAUCGCACUGCUGGGGAAGAACGGCGCUGCUGCUCUGCUUGUCGUCUUGUUCAUGGCGGUCACGUCGUGCGCCUCUGCGGAACUCAUCGCGGUUUCGAGUCUUUUGACGUUCGAUGUGUACAAGGCUUAUAUUCAGCCCAAGGCUACCCCCGAGCAGCUGAUCUUCGUGUCGCACAUCAUGAUAUGUGUGUUUGGAGUGGUAAUGGCUGUUUUUGCCUGCAUCUGGAAUCUGGCGACCAUCGACCUGGGGUGGCUAUUUCUGGUCAUGGGUAUUCUUAUAGGCGGCGCAGUAUUCCCAACAGCAUUCGCCAUCGUCUGGAAGAAGCAGACUCGUGCGGGUGCUAUCUCCGGCUGUCUCACUGGCCUCGCAGCAGGCCUCAUAGCGUGGCUUACCACCGCAUACCAGUAUUACGGCGAAGUUACCGUCGCGUCGACCGGAACAGAAUAUGCUACGCUUGCAGGUUGCCUUGCCAGCAUCAUGACGGGGCUGAUCGUUACCGUCGCCGUCACCCUCAUCAAACCCGACGACUUUGACUGGGAGGUCACGCGUGCCAUAAACGCCGUACCAACAAUACAAGGCGUGGGCCAAGACUCUCCCGACUCACCGCGAAGUACCGCAGACGGAGAAAAGCCCAGCCAACCCGAACCUACCUCAAAAUCCUCCUCGUCGACACCACCAAAUGAGACCGAACCCGAGGCCGCAAUGCCUGUAUCGAAUCUGCAAGAAGAUUCGCCCUCAUCCUUGCGAAGCGCUUUCAAACUUGCAUGCAUAUCGUCGUUCCUGCUGACCUUCAUCAUGGACUUCUUGCUUCCGAUGCCCAUGUUCUUCAGCCACUACAUCUUCAGCAAAGGAUUCUUCACCGCGUGGGUAGUCAUUAGCUUCGCGUGGGUAUUUGUCAGCAGUGCUAUAAGUUGCUUUCUGCCGCUGUGGGAGACGCGAACAUUUUGGGGAGAGCUAUAUCGGAGUAUGAGGAAGGGUGAGACUGUGAAGUGA